AACUUAACAGUCCACGGAAAACCUACCAGUCUCCGCUUCUCCACAAAAACACCCAUUGCUUCUACUCUUUCUGCUUCUUCCAAGUUGCCACGUGCAUUUCUCCCUUCAACUAUCGUUCUUGCUCUUCCCUGGAAACAACCAUUUCAUUUCUGCCAAUAUCAAUUUUCUUAUCGUUGUUAUCCUUGACGUACUCUUCCCUUGUCAUUGCUUGCUAAGCUUUCGCUUUCAAACUCCAAAACCCCCCCUUCUCUCUCUCUCUCUCUCCCCCUCAACUUCUAAUCUGGAAUUUUGAUCCACAAAAUUUCCAACGCACAAAGCAAAAAUUCUAGAAAUUUGUUUGAUUUGUAAUGGCGAGGACUGGCAACAAGAAUAUACAAGCCAAGCUGGUACUUCUCGGAGACAUGGGAACCGGGAAAACAAGUUUGGUAUUGAGAUUUGUCAAAGGCCAAUUUUUCGAUUUCCAGGAAUCAACAAUUGGAGCAGCAUUCUUCACACAGGUUUUGUCAUUAAAUGAAGCCACUGUAAAGUUUGAUAUAUGGGAUACAGCUGGACAGGAACGAUACCAUAGCUUGGCUCCAAUGUACUACCGUGGUGCAGCUGCAGCUGUUGUUGUUUAUGACGUCACAAGCAGGGAAUCAUUUGAAAAAGCUAAGAAAUGGGUUCAAGAAUUGCAAAGACAAGGAAAUCCCAAUUUGAUAAUGUUUCUUGUGGCGAACAAGGUCGACUUGAAAGAUAAGAGAAAAGUGGGAUAUGAGGAUGGUGAGCUAUACGCCAAAGAAAAUGGCCUAUCUUUCCUUGAAACAUCUGCAAAGACUGCAGAAAAUGUCAAUGAACUCUUUUAUGAAAUAGCAAAGAGAUUGGUAAAAGCUAGCCCUUUAAGUCAAACUGGAAUGAAAUUGCAUACUGGCCGUCAAGAAGGUGGGAGUAGAGGGUUUUGCUGCUCUUGAUAAUGCCCAAACUUGCUACUUGAGUUAUGUUUCAAAAACAACACAUGCAAGUAAGUUUGGUUUUUGUGGCUGAUAUCUAUUGACAAGUCUUCCUAAUGUUAUUUGAAAGGAUAUUGCGGUGUGAGAUGGGAGCACUUAGGCCCGGGUUAUGAAAGUCAGAAGGUUGUGCUCUGCUCUUUGGACAAACUGAUUCUAUUGCAUACCCUAUUAUAUGUACAUGUGGAGUUUUCAGUACAAAAGCUUUGUAAACAUUUGAAAUGUUUUUAAGAAGUGAUUAUGAAACUGAAAGGAAUAAAAAUGUGCUAAUUACUCUGUUGUUAGGCAAGGAACUAAAAAAUUGUAUAUGUUUGGAAGUUCUUUGUGGAA